UUGAUACUAAUUAAACAGCAAGUUUGAAAGUCUAAGAGUCUCAUCCACACUGUCAACAAGAAGUUCAUCUUCCAAGCCCUAGUUUUCUCUUUCCUAGGGUUCAGUACCCUUCCCCUGCCACACGCAGGCAGCCUCGCACAUCUGGGAGAAGAACAACAGACAAAAGCCUCUGAGCCUGGGACUAACUACUGCUGCAGUUCUCAGCGGGAGCCCCAGCGUGCAGACCUGAAAAUAUGGGGCCAGGUCUUCUGGGAUGCUUUCCUCUCCUCCUAUUGCUGCUGGGACUAUGGUGGUCAGUGUGUCCACUUUGUGCUUUGCCUAAGCAUCUCACCAAGGCUCACUGGUUUGAAAUUCAGCAUAUACAGCCAAGGCUUCUCCAGUGCAACAAGGCAAUGAGCGGCGUCAAUAAUUAUACUCGACACUGUAAGCCUCAAAACACCUUUCUGCACAACUCCUUCCAGGACGUGGCUGCUGUCUGUGAUUUGCCCCACAUCGUCUGUAAGAAUGGGCAGCACAACUGCCACCAGAGUCCAAAGCCUGUUAACCUGACUCAGUGCAGUUUCACUGCGGGGAAGUAUCCUGACUGCCGCUACCGAGAUGACACCCAAUACAAGCUCUUCAUUGUUGCCUGCGACCCCCCUCAGAAGAGCGACCCUCCCUAUCAUUUGGUUCCUGUACACUUAGACAAGAUUGUUUAAAGUUUCCAUCAUUUUCCCUCUCACUUGGCACGAAUUCUCUUACGAUCUCUUCUGAUUUUUCUUUCCUUUUGUUGAUUUUCCUGGUUCCCAUAGAAGGAAAAAGGAGGGUAUUGGAAAAAUUAGAGUGAUGAGGAUAGACAAGAGUUGGGACAAAAAAUAUGUAGGAUUCUUUUCUGCUUUGGAGCUCUAGGUUUUGAAGGAAGAUAGUAGGGAAGAGGGCAAAGAAGGGUCCAGGCCUCCAUAGUUUCAGCCUUAGAACUUCGGCCAACUUUUGUUGUAUUGUGUUCACAGAAAUAAAACCAUUUUCUGCUGCA